AACGGGUACUCUACAAGGAAGCUGGUAGGAUAAAAUACCCACUCAUGGGACGGCACCUUACCGUGUGUGUGCUGACACCUACACCAUUACAACAUCAGAGGCUAAAGAGGACAGCUUAUUGAACAGACAACAGUCUUCUGAGUACCACAUCUGGCAGUCAUUUGACCGGAGUGAAAGAGAAAAGGGAAGAGAGCGAGAGACAACGGCCCUCUAUCCGAAGCGGGUGGACCUCAUUCCAUUGCUCUGAUCUGGACCAUGGUCCGUCAAACCAGCUGCAUCAUGAGCAUCACUCCCACUGCCAGCAUCGAGAGUCAGCUGCCCCCCACCUGGAGCCCCAACCCUUAUCCAGACGUUUCCACAGCGAUGACCACUUACAGCACUCGCCUGUGGUCGCCAGACUCCCAGCCCCAGUACUGGUCCAAGUACCAGGUGUGGGAGUGGCUGCAGCAGAUGCUGGACAUGCACCAGAUCGACCCCUCCGGCAUCUCCUUCCAGAACUUUGACGUGGACGGCCGUCAGCUGUGCAGUAUGACCUUCCAGGACUUCACCCGCGCCGCAGGCAGUGUGGGGCCCAUCCUCUACCAAAACGUCAACGAGCUGAAAUGGAGUGCACAGUACCCCGGCGAAGACUUCGAGAUAAAAACAACCGAAUUAGAUUUUCCUUGUCCAUUUCCAGACACCAACUAUCACCCUGUAGAUAUUUUUGACUCUCCAUUUCAGUCUCUCCCUCCGGUGUCCUCCCCAGCUCCGUCCAGCCCUGAUACAAAGAGAGCUUACAUCCGCCCUCAUCAAGUCAAAAAACAUAACCCUCGGGGGACACACCUGUGGGAGUUCAUCAGGGACAUUCUACUGAGUCCGGAUCGCAACCAAGGCCUCAUAAAGUGGGAGGACCGGACAGAAGGAGUCUUCCGCUUCCUGAAGUCAGAGGCAGUGGCACAGUUGUGGGGCAAGAAGAAGAACAAUAGCAGCAUGACCUAUGAGAAGCUGAGCCGUGCAAUGAGAUAUUACUACAAGAGAGAGAUUCUGGAACGUGUAGAUGGACGAAGGCUGGUUUACAAGUUUGGAAAGAAUGCACGAGGGUGGAGAGAGUCAGAGAAGUGAAGGACAUUUGGACCACAGACAACGUUUUGACCCCCUUCUGAAGACUAUUUAAGUGAUCGCAUUUUAUGUAUCUACUGUGUCUAACUUUUAUAUUUUGGCUAUUUUACAAAUGUUUUUUUUUGUAUUUUUGGGAAACUUUACAGGAUAUGUUUACAUCGAAUACAUUAUUACAAA